AGCAGCGAGGCCGUGGUGGCGGAGCGGCGGGCGGGCGGCGAGGAGCCCUGCGAGCUGCGGCUGCAGUGCCGGCCCGGCGCCGAGAUGGUGUCCGUGGGGAUCGUGAGCCAGGCCCGGAAUAUGGAGGUGUACGUGGGCGAGGAGUACUGCGGCACCGGCCGGGGACAGAGCCGUGGCACCCGCUCGGGUGAAACUGAUGAGGCUACUUUAUACCACAAGUUCCUUAAGUUUGAAUGCCCUGCAGCCUCCUGUAGAAUUAAGCUGCUCUCCUUUGGUGAGAAACACAGAGUACUCAUCAGUAAAAUAAUUCUAGAAGUGAAAGCAGUGUCUGCAAAACUAGCAACUGAUUUUCCUUCACUAGGAUCAAGCAUAGAUCUAGACAGAGUGCAAAGUAUAAUGGAAUCCAUGGGAUCUAAGUUGUCUCCAGGUGCUCAGCACCUCAUGGACAUGGUCCGGUGUCAGCAGAAAAACUGUUUCCCUCUUGGAGACAAACUGAGUUGGAUCUUGGGGAGCAAUUCCAACUUUGGGACUGACCGUGCAAUAGAUGGAUUGCGCAGUGCAUCUCUUCAGCCAUCACUGAGUCCAUCAGCCACUGAACCUUUGCCUGUUAAAAAUCAUUUAACAAGUGAAGCAGUGUAUAAAGAUCUAAAAUUAACUCGUGAUCUGAACUCAGAGGUACCUGAAAGAGGGAAUACUUUGGAUUCUGAAAGACUUCCUACCCAGCAAAAUGCAGUUGACCUCAGGAAUGAUUUGAAAGUCGGGGGAUCUUUGCAGGUGCAGCAACAAGCAGGUGAAACCCCAAAGGUGGCCAACCCACAGGUGCUUCUUCCUUUUCUUCAAAACUUGUGCACUCAAGUGAAUCACCUUCGGCUCAAGGAUGGAGAGAGGCACCUCGGGAAGAGUGCAGUGGCUAAAGAGGAAGGUGUUCAGAGUGCUGGAGUGGAACAACAGCCUAUUUGCUCCUAUUUGGAAAAGAUCAUUUCGAAAAACCUGGAUCUGAUGGAGAAGAAACUAAUGGACUAUAUUGACUGCCAGAUCCAGGCUCUUCAGACACACAUAGACAAUAAAAUGUUUCUCUUGAUGGACUUGGUUCAGAACUCAAAGCCAAACAAAAUUUCCCAAGCACACUAUGAUUCUAAUGAGGGGUUUUCUAAUGGAGAGAGGUAGAGGGAUUCAGAAGCAGGGUUUCAAUGUGAACACUUUCAGAGUAAUUACACUUUACAAAGAUUAGUAUUUAUGCAGUUAAAGCUAUAAAGAACCUCAGUGUUGUUAACUUGCAUUUUGUUACUGUAAUUGUAUCCACUGUUGUACACACUUGCUAGUUUUAUGAAAGAUCUUAAGAACAUGUGCUUUUUCCUAAAUACGAGAGUUUUGUAUGCCCUUUGUGGCUUAUUUAUUUAAAGAACAUUGCUAGAAGCUGUAUGAACAGUUCCCCAGUUCCAGUUUGAAUAAUGGAGUACUCUAAAUAAACUGAGUUACUGCUUAUCUUUUUACCUCCAUGUAAUCAGUUCACUUUUUUGGGUUGUAUUAAUUUCUGUUGUGAAAUGUAUUAUCAGUAUUACAGAAUGUAGUUUGUUUGUGCUUUUGUUGAAGAUAUUUAUUGUUCCAGCUCUGAGAGGAAAGUUGGAUUGUCAUUUCCUGAUUUGGGCAGUUUAAGGAGCUGUGUUUAGAGAGCUGGGGAAACCUGAACUCAGCCUGGGUUCUUUGGAGGCUUUGUUGGCUGUACAGGCACCUGAAUUAGGAACCCAGGCUCCUUAAGGGAUACCUAAAACAAGCCUCUGAUAACUUUUUCCUUCCUAAACUACCCAAGUGUGCAGGAACAAGUGAAAUGAAUGCUUAUUCAGCACUCUUUGUCCAGGUUUCAUUAUCCUAAGAAGUGCAAGUAAUUCACUGAUGGUUCCUCUCAAGUGGAUGUUGUUCUCAGACUGGAUGUGCUGGGGUAGCUCCAGGAGACCAGAGGAGUUUUCCUUACUGCAUCACACUUCCUUUAACCUCUUGGGGUCAGUUUUGCUGUCGUUUGGGGAGGUAGGAAUGUGACUCCAAGUCCCUCUUCUGUGGAAGGCUGAGUUUCAAAUUCCAUUCUGUUUGGUGCUCUUGGAUUCUGGGGUGCACCAUUUAAAUUGGAGGACUUUGUGGUAAACCCCUCAGUUGGGUGCACAAACAUUUUUGGCAGAAGCUAUUGUUGGGGAAGCAGGUGUUGACUCAAUAGCAGCAUAAGCAUGUACGAGGCAGUGUCCUUAUUUACUCUGCCUGAUAUUUUCUCCUCCAGGAAAACUCAUGUUUUUUGAAGACUGUCAGAUCCUGAUGGUAGUAAACCCACAGAAGUAGAUUUGGAAGAGAGGAUAAUCUGCUUUGAAAAGACUUCUUGCAGUUUUCCCUGAUCUUAACUCCUACCAGUUUUGGUUUUUUUUAAAGACAAAAGGAUCUUGUACUUCAUACAGAGAUUAAACCACUACUGCCAGAGUGUAGAAGUUGUAUUGUUGCAGGUUUGGUGUUUUUUCAGUUUCCACUUCAGUGAGGAAUUCUGUGAAGAGACAAAAAUAAAGUGUUAAAAGUUUAGAAUACUAUGUGAUUUAACUGGGAAUUAAAUAAACUUUUUUUCAGAUAUUUUCAUUUGACAUGACCCACACAGAGUGCAAAUCCUGAAUAUGUAGUACUGAAGAGUUGUAAGAAUUGGUAAUAAAACAAUCCUGCAGAACA